AUGGCGAAGCCGCAGGGCGCCAUUCGGCAAAAGCGCAAAUCCCGAGGUCGCGGGCUCCGUGCGACCACUGGUUGUCUAAUCUGCAAGAGGCGACAUGUCAAAUGCGACGAAGUACAACCACAGUGUGGCCCCUGUGCUAAAGGCCAGCGUCCCUGUGUAUAUGCACCGCGGGAGUCGCCUUACAGUCGUGCUACAGCAGAGCCGCCGGCAUCCGAAGUUCCUGUGGGGGCUGCGGUUGUAGGGGAAAUGAAUGGUCGAAGUUCCAUUCAUCAGCCUCUUCAGAUAUUGGUCGAUGCAUGCGAUCAGGAACAGCCUAUUCAGCAGGAGAGCCCGCUUCUAGGAUCGCGGCCUACCACCAGCACGAUCGCGUCUGAAAACCCUGGGUCAGCAAGUGCAGUUGUCUCAGCAGCAAGGUCACCAUAUGGCUAUGUUCCAUCACCGGGGACAGAAAGCUCUUAUUCAUCAAGAGCUGCGCCCCUGAGCUGGUUUGAACUCUUAGCUACGGACGCGGCAAAUGCGGACGACAGGUUUCUUUUGUCGCCCCCUGAGCACUUUGCUCGGCACGGUUCCCAUGCACAUGUAGAUACUGGAGAGGAUCCACGCAAUAGCUCCAAUCUACAGCCUCGAACGCUUCGGGAGAGCCAAAGCUUUAAUGCGGCCGCAUUUCCGCAGAAUCCGGAAAUUGCGCGACGAUUGGCUUCACAGCCCGCGGAGGUAGAACCGGUGGUAUCUAGUACACCAUCAUCGUGGAGUCUAGGGUCUAUAAUCGAAUUAUCACCUUUGGAACAUUAUUUGUUCCAACAUUUUGUGCGUGUUGCAAGCAAGUGGUUGGACUUUUAUGAUCCGGAGAGCCAUUUUGCUUCUACUGUUCCACAUUUAGCUCUCCGAAAUUCCGGGUUGAUGAAAGCCUUGUUGGCCCUUUCUGCACGCCAUCGCUCACUGCAAGAAUAUGAGUCAGAAGGUUUAGGUCUUGCCUUAGUGGGGGAGACUGCCAUCGAUCGCAACCUGGCUGUCCAGUAUUAUUACGAAUCCCUCCAUUACUUGAACAAAGCCAUGCAAAAUUCCUCCUACACUCGCAGUCAUGAAUUGAUCGCCACUGCACUUCUUAUCAGCACCUACGAAAUGAUCGAUGGAUCAAAUCAGGACUGGGAAAGACACUUAAAAGGCGUUUUCUGGAUCCAGCGAUUUCAAGAUAACGAUGGUGAAUCAGGAGGGCUUCGAUCCGCUGUCUGGUGGGCUUGGAUUCGACAGGAUGUCUGGGUUGCCAUGCGCGAGCGACGUCGAGUCUUCAGUUUCUGGAGGCCCAAGAAGCCACUGUCAGUACUCAGUGCCUCCGAACUUGCAACACGAGCAACAUAUUUGCUUGCGCAAUGCGUCAAUUACGUGUCAAAAGAGGAAGAAAAGGCUUCAGACUUGGAGCGUCGCCUGGAACGUGGAAGUGAGCUGCUUUACAUGCUGCAGGAAUGGCAUGAUCAUCUACCACCCGAAUACAGUCCACUUCCCGUCAUCUCUACUAUUGAAACAUUCCCACCAAUCUGGGUCCACCCGGCACCCUAUGCAGGAGCAUUGCAAAUUCAUAGCCUGGCCCGAAUCUUAGUAGUCCUUCACAGGCCAUCUUCGGGAGGACUGGACGAUUUCCGGGCGGCACAGAAACUUUUAACGUUAUCCGUAAACACCAUUUGCGGAAUUGCACGAUCAGUGAGUGCUCAGGAUCAUGCUGCAAAUAUCGUUUCUUUGCAUACCCUUUUCGGAGCUGGGAUGUGUGUCUACACUCCACAUGAACGCUUGGCCCUUUUAGAACUUCUCGAUUCUUGUCAGCGCACAGUUCGCUGGCCUUUGGAAUCACUGAGAAAGGAACUUGAGCUUGAAUAUGGGAAAGACUCGUUCCAUGAUCUCAUGAGAUGA